AUGACAACAGCAACCACAACAACAUCCAACCCAACCACAACAACAUCCUCUCCAACCAACAACAAAUCCAUAGUCUCCGAAGAAUCCCAUGACCCACAACAACAACAACCGCAACGCCCAUCCAAUGAUGAUCUCGCCAUCGAUACGAACAAUGUCGUUGUGGUUUCUUCUCUCGUUUCAUCACCCAUAGUAUCGGAUCAUGUCAUACUCACAAAAGAGGAGAUGGCACGUAGAAGCAAAAAAUUACAAAUACUCUCUUUACUUUGUGAUAAUAGCUCGAGAUUUGAUGCUUCUUAUCACACAGAGAAACAAUUGAAGGCACUGGAUUCCAUUCUUCAGAGUAUUGAAACAGAAAAGUGUGAAAGUGAAUGGUUAGAAUUAGGUCUAUAUCCUUGUCUAUUUCAGUACUUGUGUAGUGGACAACGAAUCAGCAUUGAGACAAUCAAAAUUGUACAGAAAGUAGUUUUGUCAACGAAUUUGGCUGAACCACAAAACUUUGCAUUAUUUUUCGAUGUUUUUAACGAUUUUGUGUAUGAAGAGAGCAACAUUACAAAUUUAUUAUAUCUUUUGUAUAGAAUACUAUUUACGAAGGACGACACUUUUAUGCAAUUAUUUAUUAAUCGAUCGGGAGGAAACUUGUUAUUGGACAUUUAUCGAAAGAGGCUGAUCAAAGACAUUGAACAUCAAAAAUACAGUCAUGCAAGAAAGCCAAUGUUAAAACAAAAUGUCACUCAGCACUUUAUCAAAUCUCCUAGACUUUCAACUACUCCCACUCCCAGAAAAAGUGCAUCUACCUCCUUGAUAAAACCACCAAAAUUAUAUACCGCCUCUUUCAACAAUAGUAUUAAUGCAGAGAUUGAAAAGAAUUUGAAAAACCGUAAAGAUAAGGCUGUCACAGACUUUGGAUCCGUAUACACCUCUCCCACUACAAGUGAAAACAAUUUGUUAAACAUUAGCUUACAAAGCCCACCUCAAUCUGACAGAAGUAACACUUCCGAUGAUAGAGAUAAGGGCUCAAACAACUCCACUCCCAGAGACGCAAUUACUGGGUUAUUUAAAGUACCACCUCUAAAGUUACCAUCCAAAAACCAGUCUAAUACAGCAACGAGAAUACGAAGAAGACUGGAUCCUAACUUGGUGAAUUUAGAAGGUUUGAGACUGAGUAUUGAUACACUUCGAACACAAUCACAGGGAAAUAACAAUACUGAAAACGUGCAAGCUGAACAAAAAACUAAAUCGAGCAUUGAACAUUUUGACUCCCUUGCAGCAAAAUUGGGAGAAUUAUAUAUUGCAUAUGACUUGACGUAUCUCAUACCUAUUAAACGAGAUCUUGACAUGCAAAUAUCUAAAAACGAGGAACCUAAACAAGAGAAUGGUACAGUUGUGGAAGAGGUUAAAAGAAAAAAGACCGAUCUGAAAAAACCUCUCACACUCGAAGAAAUAAUCUUCUCCAAAUUUUCCAACGAUAUUUCUGUACAUAGACACUUUAUUCUCAAAAUUCUUCAAGCAGUUUCAAAAUUCCAAGUGAUUAGAAAGUUUGCAAGAAAUCCUGUAAAUAUGUUCAUGCAUGAUUUGAACACGUUGAGCUAUAAGAUUAACCUUGUUGAAAACGAAGAUUUUGUGAUUGAUGUCGAAAAGAAUAACAUUUGUAUCAUUUAUGACAUUCUUUCGCAGUACGCAGCAGAUGUAGAAGCAAAAUAUUUUAGACUUUGGAGAAUGAACAAUGCUAACAAGAGUAAUGAUCCAACGCGAGAUAGAACUUUAAAAAAGUUUGACAUUUUCCUCUGGAGAUGGACAGGAAUCACUGAACAAGCCAUUGAAAACGAUGACUGGGAAGAAACACAUUAUCAACUUCAGGUACUGUCCAAAUACUUGUACUCUUGUGUCUCACGAGUUCAGGCUUCACAGUGUACAGCCGUUUGUUUGGAAACAUUGCUCAAAAUCCAAGUAGCAUGCAGAAGAAAGAGCAGAGACAUUCAUGGCAGAUAUGAGUUUAAGGGAUUGGCCGAAAAAAACCCAGUGAUUGUCAAUAUCAUUCACCUAUUGCUUGAAAUAUUUGAUUUUAUCUGUGGUAGUCCUGAAAGACAUCCAUUGUUGAUGGAAUUCUUUUACUUUAAUCUCAUUGAAAAUGUGGACACAUUUGCAUGGCUAAGAGAUUAUGCAAUUUUCACACUGAGAGAAGAUAGCUAUACUAAUAUUCAUACCAAAUCAUUCCCAAUCACGUUGGAGGAUCGACGAGUUCGAGUGUUGAAGCAUUAUCAAGUGUUGAUGGAUUUAUUCCAAGAUUUAGGAGAAGAAUUCUUUUCGAAAAAAGAAGAAAAUACUCACAACGUCAAGCAAAAGAAUUUACUUAAUUACAUGAUGAUGAACGAAACAAGUGGUGUGUCUGGCGGUGCUAUGAAUUCAUCCAAUGGAGAGGAGACAUUCCUUGAAGAUGAAAGUGGAGUUAUGAAACAAUUUGAUUUCUUGGUCAAUCCUGUUGAUGGAUUAGUUUUGAGCUUUUUAACCAAAGGACCUAUCACUGAAAACUAUACUGUGAAAAAGCAAAUGUUGACCUUGUUGGAAAAGAUGUUCAGACUUCCAUACCUGCCUUUCCUUAGAAUUGAAUCCUAUGUCAACACCUAUAUCAGAUAUCACUAUUUGAACUUUGUGAGAUUGUACAUUGAAGAGGCAUAUGAUGAUAUUACUUUAGAAGCAUGUAAGCUUCACCUCAACGUACUUAUUGCAUUCUCCAUGAAUAAGACAACACAAAUCAUCAAUCGAUUUUUCACCAUGAAAGUAGUACGAUUUUUGUCGAGAGAAAUUAACCUUGAACACAAAAUUCAUGAAAAACGACAUCAAAAUCAAAAGAAAAUGGAAGAGUCUGCUGCCAAGUUGGCACAAACGGUGAAAGACCUCAACAACAACAAUAAUAAUGAAACCAACGAUCAAACCACAGAUACCUACACAUCCGAUGACGACAGUGCUGCCAAUUCUGGAGAAGAGGACAUUUCAGAAGAAGAGGAAGACGAUAGCGAUUUUGAUUCUCCAAAUAGAACAGUCUCAAAACCUCCAGUGAAUCUCAUUCCUGGUUUGAAUUUGACUCCACAAACCAACAAGACCAACUCACCACCAGAACCAAAACAAACAUUGUCCCUUCCUAAAAUUCCUUCUCUUAUUAACACAAACACUCAAUCAGUGGCUACAAAAGAGAAAUCAGAGAGCACACCUGCAACAGACACUUCUGAUUUGACAUCAGAUUCAGAAUCUGAGACAGAGUCACCUGUGGUCACGAACAACACUCAGCAAGUCAAACCAGUCAUUCCAUCAUUAGGCUUAAAACUUGGAACCAUACCGACCUCAAAUACAACACUCUCGUCAUCUACGAAUCCACAAGUCAACAACAGCAACAACAACAACACUACCUCUCAAUCCUCCCCAGUUGUUCCUCCCAUUUCCAUUGUGCCCAAGCUGGCAUUUGGAAACAAAACUGGAGGUACAGAGAAUGCCACGUCUACCAAUGCAGCAUUAGAAAAUGGAGCCAAACCUUCCAUUCCUCCAUUGUCCUUCUCGAAACCUACUACUUCCAUUCGAAACACUAAAGAUGAAGGUAAACAAACCAAACCUACUGAUAAUCAUGACGAAGACAAUUCUGAUGAUGACGACGAUGCUGAUUUUAUCAACACUCCGUCAGCUCCAAAAUCUCACACUUCAAUUCCAAAACUAAAUUUCUCAUUGGGUGGCUCAAAUUAUGAAACCAAGCAAACAAAUGUUGCUGCAACGAACUCCAAUACAGAUGUUGCUGCAACAAAUAAUACCACUACUACUACAAAUGGCAACACCAACAGCAAGCCAACAGGAUCUAUGCUCUCAUUGGGAUUAAAUUUGGGAGCAUUGAAAGCUAAAAAUCAACAAUCACCUCCUGAACCAGCUGCAAAUAACUCUGAGACUCCUCACAGCAGUAGCUCAAAGGGAAUUUUGGAAAAGUUAAAGAUUUCAUCUUUAAAGUCAGCAAAACGAGAUGCCUUAACAACACUCGCUUCAACAAGAUCUUCAGAGAAUGAUUUAUUAUAUGAGGAUGAUCUAAGCGAUGAAGAAGUUCUUUCAAGCUUGAUCGAGUCCACUGUUCAAUUUGUGGAAAGACACGAAGCCAUGAUGGAAUCUGAUGAAGUACAAUUCUAUGAAACAGAAAGGAAAAAUAGAAAGCUCUAUAGAAAUGAUGAGUUGCAUGUGGCCAUUCUCACCUUAUUGAUGUCACUCUUGAUUACUUCUAACUCUACCUUAGAUUCUAGAUAUUGUGACCAAUUCCCUCUCAAUAAGAACCUUCCAAACGUUCCUUUCAUGCUUCAUUUCCACAUCAACGAUCCAUACAAUGAGCAUAUUAUUCCACUUCUUCAUGACACUAUCGUAUCAUAUUGUAGUAUGAACGAUAAUCUUAUUGGAUUGAACAUCCUCUUGAGAUUGUUGUGUGAAAAGUUGUUUGAACCAAACUUGUAUAGCGUGAAAGAGGAACGUUUAGGCGUUGGUGCAUUCGGUGACGUUUGGAGAUGUAAACUCAAAUUUACACACUCCUCAGUCAAGACAGUGGCUGUAAAAUUGCUAAAAGUUCCUAAACUCAUUGACGAGGCAUGCAUUUUAUACACAAUUUUCAACGAGAUUUUAAUCAUGGAAAAGUUCAAAGCUGAUCCACGAAUUUGUAGAAUGUAUGAUUAUGGUGUCACCAAAGACAAUUACUAUAUUGUGAUGAAAGAGUAUAAGACCAGCUUGAAGACAUGGAGACUCAAACAAACCACCCACUUUUUACAAAACAUUCCACUCUAUAUGAACAUCUUCAAGAGAAUUUUAGAAUCUUACAAAUUCUUGUACGAUAACAAUAUUAACCACUUUGACUUGAAGUGUGACAAUAUUUUCUUGGAACCAUUUGAUGGUGUUGAUGAUGGCAAGUUUUUCAAUCAUCAAUCGGAUAUGCCUCACUUUGAGAUGGUUAUCGGUGACUUUGGUGAAAGCUUUAUUUAUUCAAAUGAUGAAGAAGAUGGCUAUACCACUCGUCAUAGAGGUACAGAAUGUAUCAAGAGUCCUGAAAUGCUCAAGAUUGAAAUGAUGGACACAAAAAGUAAGAAUUAUGACAGAAGAAGAAAAGUUGGAGCCAACAGUGCAAGUGAUAUUUGGUCAUUGGGAUGUUUAUUUUAUGAAUUACUCUCUGGUGAAUUCCUUUUCGAUGCUUCUGAUUUCACAUCCUUCUUUGUUUUGCUGACUGAUAAUAAGAAGACACUUAUUUCUCAAGAGAGAUUCCUCAAGAUUCACUACAAUCACUUUUUAAUGGACAUUUUGAGCUACAUUCUUGUCAGAGAUCCUUUGCGAAGACCAUCCAUCAAUGAUUUAUUGCAACGAUUUUCCUACUUUGUGCACGUCAUGCCAUCAUGGCAAAAGCUAAAAGAAAUGACUCCUGAAGACAUUGAAAAUGAAUUUAAUAGCGCAAGAAGUACUUUGACCAGUAGAGGCAUUACUCCUCCUCCCAAGCUUGUUCAUCAUCAUCAUCAUGUUGAUGAUUUCUUGUUGCAUCCUCUAGAAACUCCUCACACCUCCAAAUCUUCCAAUCGACCAGCACUUCCUGGAGUUAUUCCCAAAGACAAUUCUGAUUCGAUUAAGAACAGUAGAAAUACUCAGCAAGAAACAACAGCACAUAAUUAUUUGUCACCCUACAAUUGGACCAAAGAUGAUGUUGAUUUUUACAUUAAGAAGGCCACAUUUGUUAUGAAGAAUCGUCUGUAUUUAGUUUCUGAUGAUUUAGCUUACAACAAGUCUAUUCUUAACAAACUCGGAAUUACUCACAUUGUGAACUGUUGUGUCACUACUUCCAAGUCUCAAUUCCCUGACAAUUUCUUCUACUUUAAUCUCAAAGAGCAUUUAUCAGAAAGUUCCUUAAAAGCCUACAGCGAAUACAUUAAGGCAUUUGAAUUUGUCAGAGAUGCAAUCAAGAAAAGAGGAAGAGUUCUCGUUUACAGUGGAAAAGGUCUCAGUAGAAGUGGUCUCUUUGUCGUUCUCUUCUUGAUGGAUACCUAUAACUUGUCAAGUUAUGAAUCUUACUUGUUUGUGAAAAGUCGAAGACCAGCCUUACGACCUGAAAUUUUAACACACUUUUUGCAUUUCCUUCUCAAAGUCAAACAAAUGCAAUCCGUCGAGUCACAAAAGAAGAAGGCACUUUCAGAACUCAAAACAUUAUCUUCCUCAGGUACACUUUUCAAGAAUAGACAUUCAAGUGUUCAAUCACUUCUUCAAUCUCCACCUCAACAUACUCACAAGAAGCUCAAUAAGAUUCAUCAAAGUAUUUCAAAAAUGUUGGAAAUGAAAAAGUUGAAAGAUAAGCAAUUGGAAGAGGAACAGCAACGAACGAAGGGUAGUAGUAGUAGUAGUCAUAAUAAUAAUACUGCUGCUGCUACUGGAACUCACACGAAUAACAACAAACACUCAUCCUCAACAACCAAUCAUGCAACCACAACCACUACUCAACCAAAGAAACAAAAACAAGAAGAAACUGUUCAUUGGUUUAGAUGUAUUUGUGGAGCAUGUGUGGUUGGUUUAAUGUCACCCUUCUCAGUUCAUGGUUUUCACUCUGGAAAUAUCACACAUGAUCACAGUCCUUUGCGUACUUGGCCUUCAUUCCUUCAAGAAAUGAAAUUACUCUACUUUUACAAUGCCAAUGUGGUGAAUAUGGGUUUCACAACUCAUGACAAGGUACUUUUGGAACCAUUUGAAGUGUUGCAACAUUCUGAGGUCAUUCCAGAUAAUAUUCCAAUUGGAGAAUAUAUUGAACCAAUUUGGAAGGUACACAAAUGUAAAUAUUGUGGAUAUAUGAUGUUUGCUACAAAAGAUAAGGACGUAGGAUCUCCACCAUCAGCUGAAAAGAGUAGUAAUAGUAGCGGCAACCAAGGUGACAAGUCUGCCUCACAACCUCUUCGAAGACAUCGAAGUAAGGAAAAUAUUGCUGUUUCUCCUGCAAGUACUGAUUUGUUGUCACCUAGUGGCAUUUCGAUACGUGGUUUUGAAAUUGCGGUGAACUGCUCUUUGAAGACUACAACGUUAUUGCCAAAUCGAAUGUGA